UCUGAGGUGACUUGGAGCCCGGCGCUUGCGGGGAGUGUUUCGCUUCUUUUCCGCUUGGCUGCGAGGGGCCUUCCUUCGUCCGUUGAUUUCUGCCCUCGCUGCUUUUCCGCGGGGCUGCUCUUCUGCAGGUUCCUCUUGUUCAGAAACUCGCUGUCCCAUGAAGAGAGGCGCCGAGACUUUCUUAAUUGUGCCAGCAGUGCAAUGGAGAAAAAAAAUGUUGACACAUCUGCGAAGAAACCAUCUUUGUUUGAAAUAUUCAAAGCGCAACACAGUGAAUCAGACCUAGGACCUAUAAGUCUCAAUUGGUUUGAAGAACUCAGUUCAGAAGCUCCACCUUAUGAUCUGAAAAAACCAGAAGACCCUUUACAUAAAACUAUGGAUCAAAAUACUUUUAAAACCCCAAAGGGGAAGUUGUCUACAAAUAACCCAUCAGUAUCAACUCCCAUGAUUUUUAAAGACCGGAGUAAAAAUUUAAAGAUGUUUACUUCUCCUACAGAAGAAUUGGCUCAGUUCAGUAAAGAAACAGGUAAAACUUUCAGUGAAAUGCCUAGCCUGAGGACACAAGUGGAUCAAUCAAAUGAAGGAAUGAAUCCUUCUAGUUCCUGUGUCUUUGCAAGGUGUAAAACUUUCAGUGAAAUGCCUAGCCUGAGGACACAAGUGGAUCAAUCAAAUGAAGGAAUGAAUCCUUCUAGUUCCUGUGUCUUUGCAAGUCCAGUUGUUUUACAAGAAACCCAAAAUAAUAAAUAUGCACUAAGUGAAAGUUUACUGCAAACACCCAAGAUUUUUGAGGUUCAGACACAAACAUGCAUUUCUGAGAGCUUGGGAGCAGAAGCAGAUCCUGAUAUGUCUUGGUCAAGUUCAUUAGCAACACCCCCUACACUUUCUCCAACAGUCAUAAUAGACAGAGGAAAUGAUUCAGUUCCUGGAACAAAGAACCAUAAUGAAAGAGUUGAUACUAUCAUGUACAGUCUUUUUUCCAAAUAUGGGAAAAGUCUCAGGAGCAAUAAUAUUAAUAGGCAAUCUUCAUCAGGAAUUGAAAUUUCAUAUGCAGAAAUGGACAGCAAAAUCCACAAUCUUGAGAGUUUUUUAAAUGAGUCUUUUGGUAAGAAUGCAUUUCCUGGUGAGCUAAAUGGAUACCAAAAGCCAUCAAAUGCACCAAAGGAUGAAGAUAAUCAUGGUGGAAUAGAUAAUAAUUUUUCUCAGUGUGUUGCCAGCAGUGAAAUUUUUUUAAAAAAAGUAAACUCAGUUGAAGAGAAUAAAAAACCUGUUUUUUAUGAAAAGAAUCAUGAUGAAUUUGAUGGAGAAUAUGAGAUGAUUAAAUCUUCUAAUGAUAGUAGUGUAACAAAAUAUGAAAGAAAGUUAAAAUCUUCUAAAUGUAACCUGAAUACAAAUGCCCCAGAAAUACAGAUUACAGUGAGCAGAAAGGAGGAUAUGCCAUCAUCUUUGAUUUGUCCGUGGUCUCAGUUGGACUUGUCUGGUCUUGAAAUAACACAGCUUGAAAAAGAAACCUUGAAGGGUAUUAGUUCCUCUUCUACCUUACCGGUCAAGCAAACUUCUCAGGAUAGUCCAUCAUCUGUUGAAAAAGAAUGCACUGCUCCUAAAAUAUUAGAAUCAUGUAUGUUAAACCCAAUACAAGAUAAUAAGAUGAGUUCUCCAGAAAAGUUAUCAGUUCCUGAAAAUUCACCAUUGUUGAUCAAGAAUGAUUCAAUAUUGUUGAAACAUGCUGAGGGUGAACAGUCUUCUUUUGUAAAUUUUUCAGAGAGUAAUUAUUUCUUAACAAAGAACAGAACUUUAACAGAAUUCUCAGAAUUCCAAAGUAGUUGCUCUGAUUUCUCAAGGAAGGAUAAAACUCCUUCAGGACAUCUUCUUGGUAAUAUUUCAAGUCAAGCUUCUAGUGAUGGCAGACAACUCACAAGUUCAAGCCUGAAAAAUAUUAGCUCACUUUCCAGUUUGAAAAGGCGGCCCAAAAAAUUCAUUUAUGCUCUAAACAAUUCUCUGGUUUGGCAGGAAGAGAGAACCACCCAAAGAGAUGGAUCUCUUACUUGUUUUAUGCCAGUGUAUACAAAUUUAGAAUCUGGUAUCUCUGAACUUUCUGAAAUCCCAAUCAAGAAUGAAGAACAAAUUGAAAGUGCUAAUAAUCGUACUACAAAAGAAAAAAAGCACAUAGGUUCUGAAAAAUACUGUACAUCUGCUAACAUGUUAUAUGAAAGUCCAUGUAGUGAAAAGUCAAACAUUGAACAUAAUAUUACUGAUAAUUCAGCACUACUUCUAGAAAAUAAUAUAAAAUUUCCUAGUGAUAUUGCUGCUAAUUAUCAGACAGGGUUAACUGAAAAUGGAAUCCAUGAAAUUUGUCAUAACAAUACUUCGGAUAGAGAGAAUGGUAGAAAAUGUGCCCAUUUCACAAAUUAUAGUUCAUCACAAGAAGCAUUUCUUGAAGAAUGUACAGUGCCAAUGAAAGCAUCAGAAACAGAAAAUAAACAGGUAACCUUGGAAUUAGCUGCACAAUGUUUGGACAGUAGUAUUCACUCAACAAAAGCAUCAAAAUCUAAAAUUAUGGUAAUGGAGAAAGGAAUGGAUACAAAACAGCCUCCAUUAUUAAAUUUAAAAGAAGAUACACGUGGUAAUAAGCGGAGAUGGUUAGGAUGUGUUUGUCAUAGGAAAACCCAGAACUUCAAAGGUUUUAGAACUGCAUCUGAUAAACAGGUAGUGCUAUCUGCUGACAAAAUCAGAAAAGGCAAAUUACUGUUCAAAGAUAUAGAAGAUCAACUUCCUGAAGACUUUCAGAAUGAAGGAAAGGGUGCUAUUUCAAAUAAAAAAAAACAGGAAAAUAUUGAGAUUGUUUCAGUUAGACAAAAUGAACGAAAUAAACAUGCAUGUAACUUUUUACAUGCUUCUGAUUCUGUGGUAAACUUUUUUCAUUCAGAUGAUACCAAAAUUGUUUUUCCUGAAUAUGGGAAUAAGUCUCUUCAAAAUGUACUUAAAAGUCGGCAACCUGAAGAAAAACAAAAUUUAACAGCAAGCCAAGUAGCUGAAAUUACUGAACUUUCUAAAAUAUUGGAAGAAACAGACAGUCAAUUUGAAUUUACUCAGUUUAAAAAACACAAGACUAUGAUGUACAAUAACACUUGUGAGUCUAGAUGCUUUGAUAAAAAAUAUUUAAAUUCUAAGGAUUGGAAAGAUACAGGAUUUGUGGGUGACUUUGGGAAAAAGCAUCCAGGUGAUAAUCAGUCUUCCUAUAAGCACAUAGAUACUGUGGAAUGCAAGGUUGACAGACAAAGCAAUGAACAGAUUAUAUUGCUGAAGUCAAACAGAACAGAAAAUAAAUGUUUUGUCCCCAUUAUUUCAGAUCCCUCACAGAUUUCACAGUCUGAUCUGGGAAAUCAUAGUUCAUCUAAGAACAAAGAUGAGAUUACAAACAAAGGUGCAGAAUUAGGCAGCAAUAUAAAUGGAAUGGGUGAAAUACUAAACUCUUACAAAAUAAGAAGUGAUGGUUCAAACAAAUGCAGUAGUUGGUAUAUGCCUAUGGAAGAAAUAGAUAUUGAUUGGCCUCAGAAAGCCAAAAAAGGACAUGCUGGAUAUAUAAUGCAAGGUAGCACAAAGGAUACAGUUGCUUUUGUGAAAGAAGAUACAGAAAAUAAAUCAAAAGAUGUAGACUGUCGUAAAGAUAGUGUUGUCCAGAUUACUAGCACCACAGAAGUUAACUUGAAAAUUAUUCAAAAAUAUUCUGUACGCAUAUCAGAGAAUGAAUUGUCAUCCACUAAAAAUGAAAAUGUUUUAGCCAUACGUCAUUUUGUAAAUUGUGGAAAAACUCAGUGUAACAAUAAUUGCCCAGAAACUUUGUCCGAUCUAACAUGUUUAGUUGAAGUUGCUAAAACUGAAAAAAACACUACUUUGAAUGAUGCAGGUGGAAAAGAAGGCUUUAUUUCAGAACAAGAGGAAAAAGUAAAUAAUCCAGAAAAUAUUUAUUUUCUACAGAGCAUUCACACUGUUGCUGAUGGCAACAUAUUUGCAGAAAAAAGUAAGAGACUUAAUUUAUUGAUAGACUCUGAUAUACAGGAAGAGGUAAACAACAUGUCAUACUGUAGAGGAAAGACACAUGCUGGACAUAAAGAAGCUAUCAUUUCUGCGAAAAAAAGUACAGAAUUAAAUCAGACUGAAAUCUAUCUUGGAUGCAACCAUGAAAAUGUCCCUGAAAACAGGGACAAGCAAACUAGUGGUUUUCUUACAGCUAGUGGUAAGCAAAUUACAUUUACUGACAAAUCUUUACUUAAAGCAAAGCAUCUUCUUUCAGAAGAAGCUCUCUGUUUUGGAAAUAUGAACAAUAUUAGUAAUCUUAUAAAACCUAGUGUUGAAAAUUCAAUUAAAAAGAAUUUUAAAUUUGGAGAAGGAGCUGAAAAAUGUAGAGAAGCCAGACAUUUUAAUGAUAAUUUUGAAGAUUCUUUGGCUGUGGUGUCAAACACAAUUAAACAUGGUUUCAAGACUGAAAAUCUUGAAACCAUUAAAGGACUGACCUUGAAUUUAAAUGCAUCUGAAUCAUGUUUUAAUGGAGAGAAAAAAACCAGUAUUUUUGGAGAAACAUGUAAAAAUGAAAAUUGGAUGACGUCAAAAUGUGACUUACAUUUACUGGAUACUAGCACCUUUGAGAAAUAUUCAGCUAAUGAAGAGAAAGCCUCAACUUCAAAACAGCUGAAAGCUAGACCAGUUGCAUUCAGUUUCAAAACAGCAAGUGGUAAACCUGUUGAAGUUUCUCAGGAAGCAUUAAAAAAUGCCCAACAAUUUCUUCAUAAAAACUGCAGUAACUUGGAAUCUCACUCUGAAACAAAUAAAUGUAAUACUUUAGGAAGUUCUUCUGAUGCUUUUUGCACUAGAGAAUAUAUUACUUCUGGUUACUUGAAUGUAGAGAAGAUUCCAGUGGGAUAUUCAGGUGUAUCCCAGUUUCCUAUAACCAAAGAAUUAUGUAAAACUGCCCAAACAUUACCAUGUGCUGUACCUAUGUUAGUGGACACUGUGUCUGGAUCAAAUUGUGAAACUUCAGAUGAAUAUUUUGAAACAGGCAAGUGUUCUAAUAACUGGGUUCCCACCAAAGGGAACUGCAGUUCAGAUUUUUCUACCAAUAAAUGUACGUUUUUUAGCACAGCAAGUGGUAAGCCUGUUCAGUUAUCUAAAGAUUCACUGGAGAAAGCAAGACUACUUUUUUCUGAAGUUGAAACUGAUUCAUCAGGUCAUCAGAAUUUUGACUCAGAUCAUCGUUACAGCUGUAAUGAAGUAUAUUCAGUGAAGAACAUAAAUGCAUCUGAGUCAGGUUUUAAGGCAGAAAAUCAUUCCAACAUAUCUGGGGAAAUCUGUAAGAAUGAAAAUUGGAUGACACCAGAAUGUGGCUCGCGUUUAUUGGACAUUAGCAUCUUAGAGAAAUCCUCAACUAGUGAAGAAAACACCUCAACUUCAAAACAGCUGAAAGCUAGACCAGUUGCAUUCAGUUUCAAAACAGCAAGUGGUAAAACUGUUAAAGUUUCUCAGGAAGCAAUAAAAAAUUCCCAACAGUUUCUUCAUAAAAACUGCAGUAACUUAGAAUCUCAGUCUGAAACAAAUAAAGGUAAUAUCUUUGGAAGCUCUGAUGCUUUUGGAAGUAGUGACUGUAUUAGUUCUAGCUACUUGAAUGUAGAGAAAAUUCCAGUAGAAUAUUCAGCUGUAUCCCUGUUUCCUAUAACCAAACAAUUCUGUGAAAGUCAAACAUUACCAUGUACUGUACCCAAAUCAAUGGAAACUGUGUCUGAAUUAAAUUGUAAAACUUCAGAUGACUUUAUUGAAAUGCCCAUGUGUUCUGAUACUUGGACUUCCAACAAAGAGACGUGCAAAUCAGACUUUUCUACCGACAACUGUGGGUUUUUUAGCACAGCAAGUGGUAAGCCUGUUCAGUUAUCUAAAGAAUCACUGAAGAAAGCAAGCCUACUUUUUUCUGAAAUUGAAUCUGGUUUGUCAGGUUAUCAGAGUUUUGUUCCAGAUUGCAGUUAUGAUUAUAACACAGUAACUUCUGUCAGGAAAAAAGUAUCUCCCAGAGAAAACAAACUACUCAUAUCUCAAAGGAAAAAAAAUCCAAAAAUAGAAGUAUAUUCAAGCAUUCCUUGUGAUUUUAACACAGCAUGUGGAAAGCAAAUACAGAUUUCUCAGAAGGCUCUCCAAAAUGCUAUGGGACUUUUUAAAGAAUUUGAUGAUAUCAGUGCAAAUGAUUUCUUUGAUGAAAGUUUAAAGCAAGCUCAUAACUUUCCAAUAAAAACUCCUGUUACAAAAAUUAAACAAGAGCAUGAAGUUAAUUCAUCAUCUAAACCAAAGGAGAAAUGUAAAACCAGAAAGAAUCUGAAUGAAAAUGAUACUCCUAAAACCUUACUGAAUAUUGAAAUACCUAUGUGCAUCACUUAUACUGAGAAAUACAAGCAACCAGCAGAAUUCAAAAAAAGCUUUUCAUGUUCAAAAGAAGCAAUUGAAUCUUUGAAGAUGACCCAACCAUGCCAAAGCAGAAUCAAUACUAAAUAUGCAACAGAAAGAAAUCUGGAUUUUCUUUGUCCUGAUUAUUCCCAAACUCCAGACAAUUACUCAGAAGUAGAAGCUUCUGAAAGUGCAAAAGCUUUCAUGGAAGAUGAUGAUUUCACAGAUUCAGAAGUACAAAAAAGUAUUCAAAAAUCCAUUUUGAGUUCUGAGAAAGCUAAUAAUUAUCUAUUACGUACAAGAAGUGGGAAAAGACAUGUGGAAAAAGAAAAUACAUUUGGAGAACCUCCUAUUAAAAGAAAGCUGCUGCCUGAAUUUGAUCAAUCAGAAAAAUCCAGUAGAUCAUCUUUCAAAUCUUCAAGAAGUUCUCCAUAUGGUACAAUGAAUGACAGAAAAAAAUUAUUCAACAAGAUAUCUUUAAAACCAGCAAUCUGUGGCUCAUUUAGUUCCACAAAUGAACGGCAGGAAAUACUGAAUCCAAAUCUUAGUAUUCCAGACCAAGUUAGGAAAGGAUCUAAAUCUGGUGGUUUUUCAGAGCAGUCUUCAAUUAGAUCAUUGGCUCAGUUUGGAAAAAUCUUAACUGAGGAAAACAAGAAAAUACAAAAUCAUAAUUCAGUGAAAAAAACUACCAAGAUCUUUGUGCCCCCUUUCAAAAUAAAAUCAAGAACUUCAGAAGACGAAAUAAGUAAUGUCAAAGAACAUCCCUCGUUCAGUCGCAAAAGUAUCAGCAGAAUGGAAGAAUAUAACACAACAGAAAUUAACAAAAGCAUCGUAUCAGAAAAAGAUAAUUGUGCACGAAUUUCAGCUUUGGAUUCAGAAUGUAGUAAAACUGUUCAAGACGUAACAAAAAUGAUAACCUAUCUCCAGUAUGCCAGAAAUCUACAACAAAUGAGAAUUGCAAAGAAACAAGAGCAAAUAAUUCAUCCACAACCAGGCAGCCUGUACCUUGUAAGAAUGUCUUCUGGUCUUUGCAGAACUCCUUUAAAAAUUGCAGUCAAAGAGAAAUUGCCUGACUUUUAUUCCAGUGAACAGCUGUAUGCUUUUGGAGUUUCCAAGCAGUGCAUAAAAAUUUGUAGUACAAAUGCAGAAGAUUUUCAAUUUCUCAUCCAGGAUUUUUUCAGUAGAAAAUAUUUUCUAGAAAACCAUGGAAUACAAUUGGCUGAUGGGGGAUAUAUCAUUCCUAAUGAUGAGGGAAAGGCAGGAAAAGAAGAAUUCUAUAGGGCUUUGUGUGACACACCUGGUGUAGAUCCCAAUCUAAUUUCAAAAGCCUGGGUGUAUAACCAUUAUAAGUGGAUUGUAUGGAAACUGGCAGCUAUGGAGGUAGCAUUUCCACAAGUAUUUGCCAGUAAAUGUUUGACACCAGAAGGAGUACUACUUCAGCUAAAAUACAGGUAUGAUAUAGAAGUGGAUAAAAGUCAACGAUCAGCCAUCAAAAGAAUAACAGAAAGAGAUGACGUUGCUGGAAAAACAAUCAUACUGUGCAUCUCUAAAAUUAUAUCAUUUAGCACAAACAUGCCUCACAUUGCUGACAGUAAAAGCACCACUGAGGACAACAAAAAAGAAGUGGCAGUCAUUGAAGUUACAGAUGGUUGGUAUGGAAUUAGGGCUGUCUUGGAUCCUCCUCUUCAGUCGCUGUUGUAUAGGCAGAAACUGACUGUUGGCCAGAAGAUUGUUGUGCAUGGAGCAGAACUUGUGGGAUCUCAGGAUGCAAGCACUCCUUUAGAAGCACCAGAAUCUUUGAUGCUAAAGAUUACAGCUAACAGUACUCGACGUGCUCGAUGGUAUGCCAAAUUAGGAUAUUAUCGGGAUCCUCGGCCAUUCUCCUUGCCUUUAUCCUCAUUGUUUAGUGAUGGUGGGACUGUUGGUUGCAUUGAUGUCAUUGUUCAGAAGAUUUACCCUAUACAGUGGAUGGAAAAAAUAUCAGCAGGGUCCUGUGUGUUUCGUAACAAUCGAGCAGAAGAAAGAGAAGCUGCAAAAUUUGCUGAAAAUCGACAGAAAACCUUAGAAGCAUUGCUGGCAAAAAUACAAGCUAAAUUUGAAAAGAAUGAUGAUAAAGACAAAAGAGUAUUGCGAUCUCAUACAUUAACAAGGCAACAGAUACGUGGUCUACAAGAUGGUGCAGAGCUUUAUGAAGCAAUUAUUAAUUCUGCUGAUCCAUCUCAUAUGGAGGGCUUUUUCAGUGAAGAGCAAUUAAAAUCCUUGAAUAGUCACAGGCAGAUGGUCAAUGAUAAAAAGCAAGCACAGAUAGAAGCAGAAUUCAGGAAGGCGGUGGAAUCUGCUGAGCAAGAGAAAAACAGCUCCUGCAGAAGGGAUGUAUCCUCCAUAAUCAAAUUACGAAUUGUAGAUUAUGGAACAGAAGAAAGCACAAAAGAAGUUAUACUGAACAUCUGGCGUCCAUCCUCACAUGUUUGUAGCCUCUUAAAAGAAGGAGGACGAUAUAGAAUUUUACAGUUAUCUGCAUCUCACUCCAAAGGCAAGUUGGAGACUGCCAGUAUACAGUUAACAGCUACCAAGAAAACACAGUAUCUACAACUGCCAGUUUCUCAAGAGAGUCUAUUACAAGCUUACAGACCAAGGGAAUGUCUGGUAUAUGGUAAGCUACUGGAGCCCUCCUUCCGACCAGCUUGUUCUGAAGUGGAUUUGGUGGGAUAUAUAGUUUAUUUCACAAAAAGAACAGGUUUUUCUACAUUGGUAUACCUGUCAGAUAAACAUCAUAAUAUAAUAGCAGUCCAGAUCUGUACAGAUCUCAAGCAGCUUGCUAUUGAAGAUAUAAUCAUCCCUUCUGCAUUGAUCGCUGCAACCAAUCUUCAGUGGCGACCUGAAUUCAAAUCAGACAUUCCCACCCUAUUUGCUGGAGAACUUUCUGCAUUCUCCUCAAACCCAAAGGAAAACCAUCUCCAAGAAAUAUUUAAAGAACUUAAAAAUACUGUUGAGAAUGAUAGCUGCUUUAGCAAAGAUGCCCAAUGCAAAGUCAUGCAUUUGCUAAAAUCAGAUCGCUUACAAUUACUUAAUUUGUCCAGAGAAUGUGGUAGCUUGGAUCCUUUUUCAGGAAAUAAGCAAGCGAUCACAAUUCCCAACAGUGAACUAAGGCAUCAAAGUCCUUUGACCAUUGGAAAAUCAGACACAAAACCAUCAUUUACUCUUGGAUCUGCAACAGUGACAACAGACCUUCAAGAAACUCCAAAGAACUAUAAGAAAAGAAAAGCAAUGGACCUGCUCAGUCAAGUACCUUCCCCUCCACCUGUGAAACCAAUCUGUACAUUUAUUUCACCAUCUCUAAAAAAAGCAUUUCAGCCUCCUCGAAGCUCCUGUACCCAGAGUGAAAAAACAUCAGUGAAAAAAACAGAAAGUAAGAUUAACAAAACUCCCCUGCUAAAGUUAAGUGGGAUUGCUCCUGAAAGCAAUUUUGUUGCUGAUGAGGAACUUGCAAUGAUAAAUACGCAAGCCCUCUUAAGUAAUUUUCCAGAAGAGAAAGGAAUUGGAUCUAUGGGUGAGAUUGCACGUGUGUACCCAGCACAACAUACUGCAGUUUUUUUACAGACUGAUCACUCUGUCCAGUCCACUAGCAGAAAAAAAACGCAUCAGGAUAAUACUAAGGGGGGAAUGAAUUUCCUACAAAAGAAAAACAAAAACAGUUCAUUAGUUGCAUAGGGAAAGUUACAGAGGCAAA